AUGUCAUCCGAUUACUUAUGUGUAAAAAUUGCCGAAUAUCUGUCCGGUUUAAAAACUGAGCAUAUCAUGGCGGCCACGCUUAUUUACCAAGGGUUGGAAGAGAACCCGUGGAUUAGCAAGAAUGAACUGAGGGGUAUUGUAGAUAGAGCGGUUAAUUUAGUACAAAGAUCAACUACUAUGGAUUUUGAACGUAGUGGAAGGCUUAUUCAAAUUAUACCACAGUUCGAUAUCGCAUUCGAUUCCAUUCAUAACUUGUUGGAUGUUGGAAUAAUAAAAACGAACAAGGAAAAGCCUCUUACUUCAGAGCAGAUCAAUUAUAAUAUAAAUAAAUUGAGAGGAAAACUCGCAAACGGUACCUCAAAACUCUACCAAGAGUUAAUUGUCAUUUUGAAUGAUGCUUCUAUUUCGGAACUGACCUGGCGAGACCCCCUAGCUAGUCAAGUUAUUAGCGCCGAAUCGGAGUUGAUUAAACGAUUAUCAAAUAAGCAGAGAAAACAAUUUAUGAAACCAGCCAAAGAAAUGAUGCCAGAAAUGCCUCCUAUGAUACAAGAAGAAUGUAAUGAAUUCGUGUCGAAUUUUCCAACAAGGGGUGUAUCGAGAUUGCCACAUGGAUUAUCACAUACUGGGGACUGGAAAGAAAGUGAAGAAAAACUUAACGAAGUUGCAAUAAAUAUUUUGGGGGCAUUAAAAGAUAUUUGGUGUAAUCCGGCCUUCCAUCCCGAGUUUGUUGAGACGUUGAAUGAGGGUACCUAUGUAAAUAAUGUAGUCGUUCCGUUAAUUCACGCUGCCUUAUUUAAUAAUCCUUUUGGGGAAUCGGCAUUUAUCACCACUUUUGAACGCCAAAGUAACGCAAGCGCAGAUAGGAGAGGAGAUGGGAAAAUGGGGAGGCGACCCGACAUUAUGUUUCAAAAGGGAGAUGAUGAUGAUGUGAAGUUAUGGCGCGAAGCUAAUGACGGGAUGUUCUGGGCACAUAAAAGUCGCAGAUUGGAAAAGGGACAAUUUGGUAUUAUAGGAAUACAGGUAUUAGGACGUAUGUUACGUUUGAAUGUACUUAUUAGAGAUGAUGUUGAGUUAACAUGUCAAUAUUACGCAGUUCUCGCUUACGAAGAUCAAGUAGAAAUUUGGGUAGUUCAACUGUGUCGUCUGAUAUAG